AUAAAAACCACCACUAAAAAUAUAGGAGGUGAAACCAUCUAUAAUAUUAUAUAUAUUAUUAUAUUAUAUGUUCUUAUACUAAUAUAUAAUAAGAAAAGUAGGGAAAGUGGUUAGUGGAAUAUCACGCAUGUUCCAGGCUUUCAAAUCAGUUGCUUCUAUCCUGUCCCCAAGCCAAUUACUUUCUUAUUAUUAUAAUAUAUUAAAUUAAAAGCGGCUUUCCCACAUCUUGUCGUAUUAAAAUGGUUCUUGUGCAGGUUUGAUUCCGAGCCUAUACUUUUCCAUUAUAACCAGUGUACCUGCACUAAUCUCAUUAUGAAUCUUUAUAAUAAAAUAAUAAAAUAAAAUAAAAUGAAAAGGUAAGGAGCUGGGAGCUUAUCCUUUCGGUGUUGUUUUGCUGUUCUCAUCAAAAGAUGCUUUAGCACUUUUCCUCCUUAACACUCAAGUGCUAAAGAAAAGUAAAAGAAUUGCUGAAGGUUCCCUUUGUCAGGCUCCACAAGGUUUGCUGAAGUCCCACCCAAGAAAUAUUGUUUGAUUGUGCGUUCUGUUGAGGACACCCACCCCACAAUUGCACUGGACCCACCAUCUGUCCAUUGCUUAAGAACCCAAUUGCUAUGAAUGAGUUUACAGCUGGUGUUGAGAGGACAAAGGUCCAUAUGUUUGAUGAGGUCUGUGAGAAUCUGAGGAUGUAAUUGUGAUCAUCCGCACAACAAGAACCAGAUACUGGUGUAACAGCAGCAUGUGCCAAGCCAGCUGAUCCUAGUCCUUUAUCGACACAGCUGUUAACGGCACAGACAGCUGCUACUUCAAUGGAACGUACAUGGGCAAGUCUUUUCAAACCUGCUGCUUAUGUGGCAAGUCCAUCAGUGGCCAACACAACUGCCGCUCCAGCACCUCCAUACAGAUACUUGUGGUUCUUGUGGUUCCUCGCAUGAGUUGGUAGCCUGAUGAACCCGAGAUCCAAUCUCUAACAAGCCAGCAAGCCAAUCUGGAAGAACUUUGCCUUUGAUGACUAACAGAGGCCUUGGCAAGCUCAAGAGGUCUCAGCUGGGCUCGUCGGAAUUGCCACCAGUUCCGAUCGGUGAAACCAGUUUUUUUUUCGGCUGCUGCCUGAGGUUCCGGCUUUCUAGCUUCUGAAUUUUUUUUUUUGUUUGUUUGCUCUGCUCUGCUCUGCUUUUUAAGAGAUAGAUAGAGAGAGAGAGAGAGAGAGAGAGAGAGAGAGAGAGAGAGAGAGAGAGAGACCGAUGGCUUUGAAUUUGGAGAUAGAGAAAUCGUGCUGAUAACGUGUUAUGAAUCUAGAGAAAUUGGAGAGGAAAUUGAGAGAGAGAGAAAAUAGAGAAACUGAGUUUCUUUCUCAUUUAUGUCUAUCUUACAAAGAGAAGGGGGGGCUUAUUUAUAGGUAAAGCUACUUCUAAUGGAGGUGGGCUCCACCUUAUAUAUUUACAACAUAUAUAUAUAUUUGUGAUAAGUUGAAUAUUUAUUAAACUUAUGUGAGGAAUCCAUCAACUGAAGCUCUUUGUGUAUUACAUGUUUAGCUAAUGAUUAGAAUUAGUGUGCCACGUGUUUGUAAUUAGUUAUUUUAAACACGUGGAAACACUUUAAGAUUGUUAGAGGUUGUUAGCUCAGAUGCUUAAACAUUAAGCAAAGCCUAAGUAUAAAGGCUCUACUGUACGUGUACAGUGGUAAUGAGAAAAAUAAUUUGAUUCCCACUAUUCUAGAAUUCUCAAAGCUCUCCCUCUUUCUUAAUUAUAGAUUUCCUCUUUCUUCUAUUUUCCUAAAUACUUAGCAUGGUAUCAAGAGCCAUGGAACCAUCUGGGAUUCUCUUUGCUUCCGCCUUCUUCUAGAUCUCAUCUAAUUCUUCUUUGCUUCUGUUUCUGCAAAUUCUUUGAUUCUUUUCUUUUCGAUCUCAUCUGAUUCAUCUGACUCUUGGAUUCUUCUGAUUUCUCUUCGUCUUUGUUUAUGCAAUUCCUCUUCUUCGUCUCUGUACAUGUGUCUCUGUGUUUUAUGGCAAAUUCAUAUCUCAAGCUUGAUAGACUCCUUGGCAUGCUCACCAUUCGUUUAACGGAUGGCAAUUAUCUGAAAUGGCGAUAUUAGAUUGAAUCUGUGUUGGAAGGUCAUGAUCUAUUUAGAUAUUUCGAUGGCUUAAUUGUUGCUCCAUCGAAAUAUAUGCAAUUCUCAAUGAGGAAGGCAUCACGUCUGAAACCACUGCUGCAUAUAAAGACUGGUUGAAGGUUGAUAAAGCGUUGCUAAGCUUGUUCAUUGCAACGCUUUCCGAUGAGGCGAUCGAAUACGUGAUCAAAUCGAAGACUGCCUCUGAGGCAUGGAUGAAUUUGACGGAUCGAUAUGCUACCGUGUCUCGUGCUUGUGUGAAUCUCUUGAAGAUAGAGCUUCAAACUGCUCAAAAAUGCAUUGAUUCUGUCGAGAAGUUUUUACUUCGCCUCAAACAUGUCCGUGAUCAGCUUGCUGUAGUUGCUAUUUCUAUCUCUGAUGAUGAUUUGAUGAUUGCGGUGUUGAAUGGACUUUCUUCUAAUUAUGACAUGAUCAAGAUUGUGCUUAUUGCUUGUGAAACUUCAAUUUCUUUCAAAGAUUUCAGCAAUCAUUUGCUUGCAGCUGAACAAGCCACUGAUUCUUGUGUGAUCUUGCUCCAUUCUCCUAUGGCUUGUAUGUUAAGCCAUUCUUCUACCUCUAUUGGAUUUACCUCUUCUACACCGUCUUCUAAUCUCUCUAGCGUUGGUAUUCUCCCUACUCCUUUAAUGGCUUCCCUUUCUCCUACUGGUUAUAUGAUUUCAUAUACACAUGUUCGGUCGUUUGGUUCUUUUGGUGGCCGAGGCAAACUUUCUGGUUCUAGGCCUUUUGGUCGUGGUUUUCCGAAUAACUUUCAAGGUCCUCCUAAGUCUGGUAUUAUUCCAGAAUGCCAAAUUUGCAGUAAGAGAGGUCAUACAACCACAAAUUGCUUUUUUCCAAAUUAUACCUCAUCUCAAGGCUCCUCCGUUAUGGAGUAUCAAAUUUGUGGCAAGAAGGGCCGUGGUGCAUUGGAUUGCUACUAUCGUUCCAACUAUGCCUAUCAGGGAUCUCCUCCACCGUCCUUUCUCACUGCUAUGACUGCUCAAGCUUCUUUCUCUCCUAAUGCAGUGUGGAUUGCCGAUAGUGGAGCUAGUCACCAUAUGGUGCCACACAUGACUACAAUGCAUAAUGUUACACCUUGUAAUUCAGCUGAGAAUGUUAUAGUGGGCAAUAGGGAAGAUUUUUAAUACAAGACAAGGUCACCAACAAGAUGCUUCUCCAAGGCAAGACUGAUCAUGGCUUGUAUCCUAUUGCUACCUCUUUAUCCUCAGUUGGUACAAGCAGUAGUAGUUCCUCAGCUGGUGCUAGUAGCCAAGCCUCUCAGUCACAGAUGAGUGCUUUUCUUGGUCCACACAAGUCCGUUCAUCUCUUUGGCAUAGUAGGCUUGGACAGCCUACAAAUGAAGUUGUUCAACUCAUGCUUACAGACGUUCAAAUCCCAGUGGUAUUUGAUUCCAUUUCUAAGCUAUGUUCUUUUUGUCUAGAUGGUAAAAUGCAUUGGUUACCAUUUUCUAGUCAUCACAAUAAGUCAUCUUCUCCAUUUUAUCGACUCGGAUCCUUCUCCAUGUAAAUCAAUUUCUGGCUAUCGAUAUGUAAUGUCUUUCAUUGAUGAAUACACUGGUUUUCUGUGGUUAAUUGACCCGGUCGAACUAUUUGACUUUGGUCAAUUGCUCCGGUCAACAUGUUGACUUUUGACCGUUGACUUUGACAUUUGAUUAUC